AUGAAGUCUGUCACUCUCCUGUCGCUGGCUGCUCUGCCCAACAUGGUCCUUGCACAUGACUUUAUGGCCAGACGCAAAGGAGCCGAGUUCAACAUCGCUGCUCGUCAUGAGCAUGCUUCAGUUCAGUCUGAAGGACUCGAGAAGCGAGCCUCUUGUGGAAAGGAUAGUGGCUCUUGUCCCAAAGGACAAUGUUGCUCUGCCGCUGGCUACUGUGGCACCACUUCACCUUAUUGCUCUUCACCCCAAUGCCAAAUGGCCUAUAGCAACAGCAACUGUGAUGGAAGCAAGAAGCCCAAGGGUGAUACCACAGCAAACAUUCCCAGAUCAACCAAUGGCAAAGCCCCUUAUAUCUUGGACGUUCUCAAGCAGAACAACAUCAAAGCUACAUUCUUCAUUACUGGUACCAAUCUUGGUAAGGGCCAGAUCGAUGAUGAAACUGCCGGUUGGCCCAAGAUUCUCCGCAGGAUGUACUCCGAAGGCCAUCAGCUCGCCUCGCACACCUGGUCACACCAGGAUCUCACUGCCUCAAGUGAUGAGGUCCGCCAGCAGCAGAUCAUCUACAACGAGAUGGCCUUCCGCAACAUCUUCGGGUUCUUCCCCAAGUACCUCCGCCCCCCUUACGGAACCUGCAACCGAGUCUCUGGCUGCCUUGACUAUGCGACCAAGCUUGGUUACCAUGUUAUCAACUGGAACCUCGACACCAAGGAUUUUGAGAAUAACACUCCUGAUAAGAUACAGACUAGCAAGAACACUUUCUCUCAAGGCGUUUCUACUAAUGCCAAGGCCAAUGCUUACAUCGAGCUGAGCCAUGAUGUCCAGGAGCAAACUGCCUACAAUCUUACUGCUUUCAUGAUCAAGACAAUCAAGGACAGAGGAUACAAAGCUGUUCCUGUUGGAGAGUGUCUGGGAGAUGCCCGUGAGAACUGGUAUGUCACUGAUCCUAACUUCACGACCUCAGCGUCUGUAGACAGUGCCACUCCUUCUACCUCUCCGACCACCGCGGCCACUGCUACUACCAGGGAUGGCAAAUGCGGUGCUACGAAUGGCGGCACAAAGUGCACCGGAUCCAAGUGGGGAGACUGUUGCUCCUACAACAACUUCUGCGGCUCAACAUCCGGAUACUGUGACGGCGGUUGUCAAUCUGAGUUUGGAAAGUGCAAUAAGUGGACUACCGGAAGUGCUCUCAUUGUCUCGGCCAAUGGUCUUUGCGGUGACAAGUAUCACCAGACUUGCAAGGGCUCUACAUACGGAGACUGCUGCUCCAAGAGUGGAAACUGUGGUAAGACGAGCGCAUACUGUGGCAAUGGGUGCCAGAAUGGCUUCGGAACUUGCACCUCCUCCAAGUGA